AUGAUGAUGGAAAGCCUUGCAGCUCGCCAGAGGAAGCAGCCUCUGAUGCCUAGCGAGCCUUCCCAUCUCCAUCAAUCCUUCAAGAUUUACAUUCAGACAGCGUUAAUUUCUAUCAUAACCGCUUCAAUUGCGGUCUUCAUCUUUGCAUCAGUGUUUAACACUCGUAAUGGUCCUUUAGAUCCGGAAGAAGACGAACGCUUGAGAUUGAAUAUGUUUUGGACCGACUUGACUUCCCACACGUGCACGACAUACCGCGCCUUUGCACUAGUUCGUCGCGCAGAUCAAGGAGCCAGAUGGAAGCACAAAUGGAGCAGACCGGUACCCUGGUUCGUAUCUUUCUUCGCCUUUAUUUGUGAUUCCACCACACCUCCUUUGUAUGUCGUCCCCCAUAGCACAUUCUCAUAUGCGAUUCGGAAACUGCUUGCGACCAAUGCGCACCGACUCUUCGUAACUGACUCUGAUUUCGAGCCCAGCUCAUCUCCAGGCUCGCCCAUGGGCGGCGGACUGUGCGGAAUCGUUAGCGUUGUUGACAGUGCGUAUUUCGUUCAUCGAAUAUCUUGCUCGUCUACGAUGCCUAAUCUCUACGAUGUGGUUCUUUCUCUUUUCGCGCCCAUCGCCUACGUCUCAAAUGUCGAUCCCACACAACGCAUGCGGCACCGAUGUGCCUCAUCUACAUCCUCACUCCUCGUCUCUGAGCAUUGUGCGGGGCUUGUCACGCUCUGGGUCACACGCGCAAACACGGGAUCUGUCGCAAUCCAGCAGAGAUUUCGCGCGCUCAAGAUCCAGUAGCAGGACGAGCAUGCAUCUCAGCCAAUGCCCGCGAAUGAUCCCAACUGCAAAUGUCAGCAGUCCGCGCCUUGCGUCAAGCUUGGGACUAGUAGAUGUCAGGGAUAGUCCACGGAUGGUGCCGACACUUGGUGCUGGUGACAGAAAUUCGUUGGUUGGUUUAGAUUUGGGGGAGCUCAUGGGACGGCGGGAGUGAAGAAUGGAGGCGUGAUGUACGAUUUUCUUUUGUCUU